UACGACCAAUAGGAUCUUCCGUAGCUCGGAGUCUUUCAUGACACACCUUCCUGUAAUAAUCCGUCGUGCUAUUGGCAACGGUGGGUUCGCGAUCAAGACACCAAAAGACUCCAAAUAAUCAACCAAGAUGUGCGGUAUAUUUGCAUACAUCAACUUUCUGGUGCCCAAACAGCGAAAGGCAAUCCUAGAGCUGCUGAUCAAUGGCUUGAAGCGGUUGGAGUACAGGGGCUACGACUCUGCAGGACUUGCAAUUGAUGGAGGGAACAAGGAGCCUGAUGGUGCCAAUGACCGCCCCAUCCGCAUCAUCAAGAAACGAGGCAAGGUGAAGGCUCUGGAAGAUGAAAUUUUCGUCACAGUUCAAGAGGACCUGGACUUUGACCUCGAGUACGACACCCACUGCGGCAUAGCCCACACCCGAUGGGCCACUCACGGCGUCCCCAACGAAGUCAACAGCCAUCCACAGAGAUCUGAUGAGGAAAAUGAGUUUGUUGUCGUCCACAAUGGCAUUAUCACAAACUACAAGGACAUCAAGAAGCUGCUCGAGAGCAAGAACAUGGUCUUUGAGUCUGAUACAGACACCGAGAUCAUCGCCAAGCUCAUCAAGUAUCUCUACGACAACCGUGAAGACGACAAAAUCACCUUCAGAGAGCUCGUAGAAUCCGUCAUCCUACAACUGGAAGGUGCCUUUGCCCUUGCGUUCAAGAGCAAGAGGUUCCCCGGUGAAUGCGUGGCGACCCGUCGUGGAAGUCCCCUCCUCAUCGGAAUCAAGACCAAGACCAAACUGGCCAGCAACUAUGUUCCUAUUCUCUACAAAGACAGCAGAGAUAAUGUGGAGAAAGGACCCCAGCUUGAGAGAAGCUUCAGCAGUACCACAGACUUUGAGGUUGUCGGAGAUGCUAAGGAAGCCGAGUACUUCUUCACCAGCGAUGCCAGCGCCAUCAUCGAGCAUACCAAUCGUGUGAUCUACCUGGAGGAUAAUGAUGUGGCCGCUAUCAAAGAUGGAUCUCUGUCGAUCCAUCGUCUGAAGAAGGAGCAGGGAGAUACAAUGUCGAGAGAGGUCCAGACACUCAAGAUGGAGAUUCAACAGAUCAUGAAAGGGAACUACAAAUAUUUCAUGUUGAAGGAGAUCUUUGAGCAGCCGGAGUCUGUCAUCAAUACCAUGCGUGGCAGGGUGAACUUCGAAACCAAAUCUGUGUGCCUUGGUGGUCUUCAGGAUCAUAUGCAUGAGAUUCUGAGAUGUCGUCGUCUUCUCUUCUUGGCCUGCGGUACGAGCUAUCACUCGGCAAUCGCUACUCGCCAGUUGAUCGAGGAGCUAACAGAACUGCCUGUGGUGGUUGAGCUGUCGAGUGACUUUUUGGACCGUCACACUCCUGUUUUCAGGGACGAUGUGGCAUUCUUCAUCAGUCAGUCAGGUGAGACAGCAGAUACCUUGAAUGCUCUGCGCUACUGUAAGUCAAGGGGCGCUCUCACCGUUGGAAUAACCAAUACUGUCGGCAGCAGCAUCUCGCGAGAGACGCACUGUGGUGUUCACCUCAACGCUGGGCCGGAGAUUGGAGUCGCCAGUACAAAGGCCUACACCAGUCAGUUCGUCUCCCUGGUCAUGUUUGCUCUGAUGAUGAACCAAGACAGACUCUCAUUCACAGCCAGGAGACACGAGAUCAUCCAGGAACUUCAAGAUCUACCAAAUAAAAUCAAGCAAGUGUUGGAGAUGGACAAUCAGAUUGCGAAACUCGCAGGGGAGCUUGUGCAGAAGAGGAGCAUCCUGCUCAUGGGAAGGGGCUUCAACUUUGCCACCUGCUUGGAAGGUGCCCUGAAAAUCAAAGAGUUGUGCUACCUUCACUCUGAGGGCAUCCUGGCGGGAGAGCUCAAGCACGGCCCCCUCGCUCUGGUCGAUGAAGACAUGCCCGUCAUCCUCGUCAUGAUGAAAGAUGGAACAUAUGUGAAAUGUCAGAAUGCCUUGCGUCAAGUCGUUGCCAGAAAGAGCAAGCCGAUUAUCAUCUGUGAGAAGGGAGACGAGGACGCCCUGAGCACCGCCUCUCGUACCAUCGAGCUGCCUCGCUGCGUGGACUGCCUGACCGGUAUCCUGUGCGUCAUACCCCUCCAGCUCCUGGCCUACCAUAUAGCCGUCCUCCGUGGGUUUGACGUGGAUUGCCCAAGGAACCUGGCCAAGUCCGUCACUGUGGAGUAACUUUCCUCGCUGCACCAAUCACCUGACAACUCUGCUCUCCGUGAAGGAGACUUCAUCUAUACCUGCUUAUCAUUCUAGAGCAUUUGCAGUUUUCACUAUUUUCUUUUUUUAAUCGAAAAUUGUUCUCAUUUGUCAUUCCAUCUAUUGCUGCGACCAAUUUUUCUAUUGUUUGAUAUUGAUCUUGUAAUUGCAUUUUUUUGAGAAAAAAAAGAAAACAGAAACAAACAAGUGAUAUCAUAUUCAAGGCUUUCAAGAUAUUGCAUGAUUAGCUGCAGGUGUUUUCACUUUUAUGGUUGUGUUUUUUCUUCUCCGAACCAUUAAAUGGAGGCUCUGUUUUGGGACACCCAACUCUUUUUAUUUGAAGCCCCAAUUUUGAAAUCAUAAUUAGCUGUAUGGUAUGGGGCGAGUGACAGUGAAGCAAGUCAGUUGAGACAAACCUUGACUUUUACCAGCCAGCACAAUGAAACGAUUCAUUCAUCAAAACUUCCAAAAUCCCUGAAUUCUGAAAGGAGUUUUCAGGAAUCAUUGACUACCACAAUUUUUUUUUUUAUGAGCAUUUUCUUUACCAAGGUGAGAAUGAAUACACCUUGAUUGUAUUAGACAAGAAGAAGAAAAAGAAGAAAAACAAAAUCUUCUGACCUGCACCACUGUUUUGAUAAGAAUAGGGCCUUUCGGGAGAAAGAAUGAAAAUUCAAAUUGUUGACAUUGAAGCUUCCGUGUAUGUAGUGUAAAUCAUGAUAAAAGAUGAAUGGCUGAAAUUGUAUUCAUUACAUCUAAUGCUCUUGUCAAGUUAUCAUCGCAAAAAGAAAAGUUUAAAAAUUGAAGAGCCAUUUAGAGGUCUAGAUAAGAAUAAAUCAGCAUUUCCUAAGGCUCCUAUGAAAUUUUUGACUUCCUUUCCAAAUAAAGAGAAAGAAUUUGAAGGAACUUUCGAGAGGCCUAUGACAGGUCUAAUCUAGCCGCAAUUCAGGAUGUCAGUGAAAUUCUGAAGCUCAUGUUUAUUCCGAGUGUUCGAUACAUCAUUAAAAAAAGCAUUUAAAAAUCAUUGAAAAUCAUCAUUUCAAAAUUAUGCCUUGUGUACAUAAGAAUUCAAUGUCGGUGCAAUGUUGGGGUGGAUUUACAACAGGGGUUGGUGUCUGUAGCUAAGUAUAUAGCCAAUAUUUAAGGAAAAAGAGGAAUCGGUAGCCACAUUUUGUGUGAUGGUAUAAUAGUAGGGACUGUUUUUUGUGAGCAUAUAUAAUCUACAUGAAGAAGAGGCAUUAAAAUGUAUAUUUGUGGUUAUUUAUUUUUAAAAUUAAGGCCUUCACUGCAUUUAUUUAUUCCAUGCUAUUUGUUAAUGUCCAAAGAGCACUGUUUGGAUAGAACAACGUUGUUAUUCCCUUAGAGCGCUCAUUCAGUUUAUGUUUUCGUAGACCCUACUUUAGACCCUCAUAUGUGUGAACUUAUGUAUUUAUUUAGAGAUCAGAAAGUAAAAAUAUGAUUUAGUGUUUUUGUGGUGUUAAUUAAAGUCUUAACAUUCUGUUACUAUAUCCAAUAUCAUGUUUUAAUGUAGCGUAUUCUAUUCUUUGCAGUUAAUCUUGAAGGGGAUUGAUUUUGAAAUGACUAAUCGUGAGAAAUACAACUAGGAAUGGCCGAUUCAAGUGGACCAUGUCAUUAUUUCCGACAUUUAGUCCCAAAUAUGCAUAUCCAUGUUUGAUGCCAUUAGUAUAUGUGAUUUCCAGUAAAAUUUUUAAUUAAAUGAGUAAACUGCAAAUAUAGCUAGCGUAUGGGAUAUAUCAAACCGUUAAGGUUUCAUACAAAUGACGGUGAUGGAAAAUUCUGCUCAGUAAAUGUCUGUUAACAUUUACAAAUGAAAAAACAUGAGAAAAAAAAUUGAACACAUACAGUAAGCUUUCAUUGUCGUGAUUAAUGAUGUUUAAUUAUGUUGAAUUAUGUAUAUUUGUAAAUAAUGAAAGAGCAAUAUUAUGAAGACUAUUGUGAUAUUGAGUUCAACGGCAUCUGCUAAGAGCAAGAAUGUAUUCUAGCUGCAUGAAUUGUAAUGUCACUUAAGAGCCAAAAAAGCAUAGCACACGAGUACAUGCAAGAAGUCUGUUAAUAUGAUCAAUUAUAUAUUAUAAUGAAUAAUUUCUGUGAAUAUCCAUAAUUUAUUUUUGAGAGAAUUUUCAAAACAAAAAUGACAUCCUGCCAGUGGAGUUAUUCCAUGGUCAAUCAAUUUGAGCUACAGAAAUGGAUUAGUUACUUCUACAUUGUAACUGUCAUGUUAAACUGUCAGUUUAGGGCUUUGAAUAAAAAUAUUACAUGUAGCAAGGAGUCUGUGCUCUGGUAGGCAUUUUUGUUUACAAUAACAAAUUUGGUAAAUAUUAUUCUUUCAAGGUAAAUAUUAUUCUUUCCAUGAUACGACAGAGCCCGAAAGGCAAGGAAGAAAAAAAAAAAUUGUAAAACAAUUUCUUUGUCUACAGAGCUUCAUUAUUUCUUGUAUUUUUGUGUAUUCUUUUUAGGUAAUGUAUGUGUAUUGCAAUUAGGUCUAAAGGGAUAGUUGAGUUUUGGUAUAGAGGGUGCUACAUACAAUAAUUUUUUUUGUGAGAUAAUGAAAAACUUUUGGUUGUUGGUUGUAAUAUCAUCAUUAAAUUAAAUUAACGGUCACCAUAUUUUUUUUUGUAAAGUAUAUCUGAAUUGGUACGAUCAGAUUUACUCUAAAUUUCACACAUUUUGGGGUCUAAAAUGACCUUCGUAAGCAAUUUUAGUUUCUAAAGGGGCACUGCAAGUGUCAUAAAUAAGAAUAAGAUCAAUAACCAUGCACUUUGAAGGCAUAAUUUGUUGUCUUAAACAAGAACUCAACUGUCCCUUUAAGUAAAAAAUGCUAGUUUUCAUGAGAUAAUUGGAAGGAAGUUAAAAUAGGCGAAUAUGUUGCUGUAAAAUCUGUCAUUUGUAAACGCGAUUUCAAGUAUUUCCAAGAAACCAAAAGGGCGAUUUCACUACACGUUUGAAACAAAUGAAUGAUUGGUUGUGAAUAUUCUCUCAGUGGUGUUUGUAUGGUUGUAUAACAAGUCUUUUAUUUUUUCAAAAUUGGACUAAGUGCCUUUAUUUUUCUAGUUUUAUGAAAUGUGUCUACACAUCAUUCCUAUACCACCACCCUCCACUCAAAUAUCAUUUCAGGAUAACUGAAUUUAGUUUUUCUUUUCCUUUUUUAAAAUAUGUGGGGGAGUGUCAUCACUUAUCAAUGAUUUGUCUAGAAUAGUUUACAAACUAAGCUUUGAUUCUGGAAGUAUCUUGCGAAACAUUCAAAAUUUGUUAUGAUCAUUACCGUAUUCCACUGAUGCCCCCCAAAAUUGUGAAUGCAUCCUGCAAUGUAUUUUGAACACCAUGAACUUUACCCAUAUGUACAUGUAUUUUCCAUGUUAUAGUACAUUGUCAGAUGCGUACUUAAUCAGAGGAAAAGCUUUUCAGUAUUUUCGCGGUGUGCCAAAUGCCACUUUUACAUGGUCAUGUAUAAAUAGGAGAUUUAAAAUAUUAGAAAAAGCCAAUUUGGACGCCAUUUUAAUGUAAUCUACCCAGCAGGUUGAUUAUUCAUUUUAAUAGCACAUUGAAAUGUAUCAUGAUAACUGAGGAAUAUAUUGUGACCUAUUUCGAAAUGGUAAUAAAUCAGUUUGAAUUGUACUGUAUUGAGGAUGUUAACCAGCAUUUAAACUUGAGAGAUAUUGAUUAACAGCUAUAUGCUUUCAUUAUUGAUGAAUUAUUCAUGAAAAUUCAGGGUUUUUUUUAAUGAAUUUUAUCGAUCGUGCAAAUCUUCAAAAGUUGUGUGUCCAGAAGUAAAGAAUAUAAAGAGGAUUUCACCUCAUUUGUAGUGCAUGGCAGGCUAACCUAUAUCAGUUGCAAACAAUGCAUAAGUCUAUCUGCUUUCAUUAAACUAUUACUAAUCCAA